UGUCAGUCGACUGGUGGGGGGGCUCACUCAGGUGAGGGUAAUAAGUGAAGCAAGAUGAUAAGUUGUGCUUCCCCCAGAGGUGUACAUGAAAAUGUUGUUUUCACUGCAAGUGUUCCAUGUGAGGUGAAAACUCUCAUAAAGACCUCACACAGCAUGGACAAGCUCACAUUCAGGAGAAUGAUUAAGUUGGGGCUGGGUUUCCUGCAGGGAAGUCUAGGACAAGAGGAAUGUGAAGCAGUGAUGAAGCAACUGUGCGAAUCUUCCCACACUGCGACAGAAGAGUCAGUGUUGAAUACUUGUAUCCAGUAUGCUGGUGUAGUGUCCUUACUACGGGCAGCACUUAGGGUUAAUACACUUACCGCUCGUCAGGAUGUAUUCUUGGCUGAUCUUACAAAUAUUGGACUUCCAGAAGAAUUUGCUUCUGAUGUGUGCAAGGUUGUCUAUGGAUCUGCUCGGUUAGAUAUUGACAAGCAACUUAUUUCCACAACUCCUGCCCUCCCAGUCAUGACAAAUCUUAACUGGCGUGUUGAAGUCACGAUUUCCAGCAGCUGGCUGUCACGUGUGCUAGAUCCAGUGGUGACAUUGAGGUUGGAAACGAGUAAUGGCUCUUCACACACCUUUCAAGUACCGGUCUCCAGAUUUCAUCAACUUAGAUUUACAGUUGCCAGUCUUUUACACCAAAUGGAGGCCCUUAAAUUAUCUCCUAUAUGUAAAAAAUUAUAAAUCAUAUCUGCAUUGGUUCUUGUACAAAACAAAAUUAUAUAACGUAAUAUUUUACUGGUGAUUUUUCUUGUAAUACUUGAGAUUCUGAAUACUGUAUAGUAUUAGUUUCCAAAAUGCAAAUAUUUAUUUUAAUCUUGAAGAUGUACACUUCUAGAUAUACCCUCUACUUGAUUAUGUUCUUACAAAUAACAGUUCAAUAAUACAAUUUAAAAUCAUCAAGUUAAGCAUUAAACCAGUAUGGGUCAGUGGUACUAAAUGACAUCACAAUAGGUCCUGGGCUGAGAUGUUUUACAUUUAUGAUAUUGGUGCAAAUUAUUUACUUUCUUCAUGAUAGGACGAAUGAAAGUUGGGAAGGCUUAAUCAUUACAUUGAUUGAUUGCAGUCCUGAUAGGAAUGCGUCCAAGACUGCUCUUGCUGCUGCAUGCAUUUGCAUAACAUGAAUGACCAGAAGUAGAAAAAAUGAUGAACCUGCCACACCAGAGUUUAUCUUACUCUGCUCUGACUACAACACACACUGGCACCUCCUUGCUGUAAACAAACCAGGCAAAUAUGCCUGGUUUGUGUACAAGUUACAUUGUGCCCAAGUUGUCUCUACAUUGAUACGGUAGAAUAAAUAAAGAGGAACACUCCCAUUCUCAUGUAACACCAUUUUUAGAAGAAAUGACUGAGUGAAGGCAUAUGAAAGGAAUAAUUUUCUAUAGUUACACAUUUUCUCUUGUUGGACUAGAGAAACCGUUAUUCUUGCCAUCACUCGUACAAGUCAUCUGGCUACCACAUCUCAUAUUUGUUUAUUCUACUGUGGGGUGUAUUUAUCAUCUUUAUAUGUUAUGUAUCAUGUUUAUUAUAUAAUUUUGAAAAAAUAUCAUAAUGGAUUAAUGAAAAUGUGUAUAUUAACCUAAUAUGACAUUUAAUGAGACUCGGUGAUUAUUAUUAUUGUUACUAAUAUGGCGUCUCCAGACAUAAGACACUGUGAUUUUAAUGUAUACCUGCACACCAGCACAGUAUUUAGUUUUAGAUACAGGUAUACAAAAGUAUAAUUAUCAGAGUAUAUAUAAAUAUGAAAUAAUUUUUAAAACCUUUAAAUUUUGGAGUUUCCAGACAUAAUGGAGAAAAUUGGUGCUUACAGAGCUCAGAGAAUGUAAACAAGCCAGGUGGAGGUGCAGUGACUGUAUUAGAAAGUCAAGUGGGGGGAGCUGUAUAGCGAGUUUUGGUCAUACACAUAAUUUGAAAUGUCCGUAUUAACGAAAUGCCGUAAAGCGAAACGCCAUAAAGCGAGGCCUUACUGUAUAUAGAAAGCCUUGUUAUGCAGAGCAAAUCAGGCAAAUUAGGUUAAUUUUGUCCCCAGGGUACAACCCACACCAGUUGACUAACACCCAGGUAUGUACCUAUUUUACUGAUAGGUGAACAUGGACAGCAGAUGUUCUAUUGUUUCAAACCGUACCGGGGAUCACCUGCCCCAACCUCAGUGUGUGAGCCAAGUGUGCUAGCAGUUGAGCUACAUUUGACCCAUACAAGUUUAGCACUUAUUUUAAAUUUAAUAAUAAUCUCCUCCAAUAACUCCAAAUCAGUAAUUGUGUGGCAUUACAUCUUAUACACCUAGCACAACAAAUUUUUAAUCUAAUGAAAGUUCUUCAGAUAUGAUGAUUUACCAAGAAAUCUUAUUAUACAGUAUAAAUGGCAAAUAAACUCAUUCCAUCAAUGAGUAAUAUUUUAUUAUGUAUAUAAAUCACUAUAUACCUGAUAAAAAUUUGAAUUAAAGUAUUAAGAAAUAAAUUCAAAUAUUAAUCCUCUAACUAUUCAUUAUACUCCAAUUUGAUACCUAAUCUAUAUAUACAAUAUUGCUGCGCAAUACACACCACCACUCUAGGGUUGUUGAAUGCAUUUCUCCUUCCUGUUCUGGAAAAUAAAUAUUCAUAUUAGCAAA